AUGGAGAAACGUGUUGAUCCCGACGUUACAUCGUGGCACGCGGCGAAUGUUGUGCCCCCUGAACCUCCCUCCCUCCUGCCCCUGUCGUUUCUCUGGAUCUCUGGAAUAAUAUUCCCAACACUACGUAUUCACGGACAGGAGGAGAGAAGAAGGGGAUUACGAACAGAACGACGCGCUCCGAAGAGAGGCGCUCCACCACGGAGAAUUGAAAAUGAUGAUUGGCGGUAAGCGGGCUGCCAGCCGUGAUGGAGGAGCUCUGGAGAGGUGGUCAGCAACGAGAAACGGACAGAGAAAAUAAGCAAGAGUGA